AUGGGUGGUCCGGCGGAUCAGGCAGGUCUGCAGCAGCUGGACACUGUGCUGCAGCUCAACGGUCAGCCUGUAGAACAGUGGAAAUGUGUGGAGGUCGCCCACGCCAUCAGAAACAGCUCCAAUGAGAUCAAGGUGGUGGUAUGGCGCACUGGGCCGGCUGCCAAGCCCAGUUUCGAGGGCCUCAUCCACCGGCCCUCCUACAAGCCCUCCUCCUCCAGCUAUGAUGCCCCCUCGCCCCCCACCAGGCGGCGGGACAGGUCCAAGGACCGGCUAGACCGGGACAUGUCCCCCCCGGCCGUGCCCCCCCUCCCUGCCCACCACAGGACCAGCCGCCGGGUGCUGGUCAACGGCUCUGAGGGGGCUGGCGGGGGAGGGUUAGGAUGGGUAGGGGUAGGGGGGGCGUGGGGGGAGAGGGGGCGCGUAGGAAGGGGGGCAGAGGAGGUGGAUGGUAAAGCCAGGACCCAGACCCAUAGCCAGAGCCACACAGCCACGCUGAAGGGGACUAGAGUGAAGGCGUCCAACGGGGAUAACUACAUCAUCCUGGCCCCCAUCAACCCAGGAAGCCAGGUAUUGAGGCCUAUCUACCAGGACAAUCAUGGUACCUUGGCAGGGAGGAUGUACCCGCGCCAGGCCAGCGUGCCCCAGACUCAAGGGGGUGGCGGUGCUCCACCUGGGGGUGUAGGUCUAGCAGGCCGGACCACCUUCCUACGACGCUCCACUAACGCCAAGACAUCUAAACCAUCCGAUGCCCACCUCUCUGGCCAACCCCCACCCAGCUACCAGCAGGCCCAGAGCUCCUCCAACUUUGCUAACUACCAGAACUGUACUAUAGUACGCUCCCAUGUACCACACGGCAACCCGCACGGCAACUACGGCUACGUCAAAGCAGCACCCAAGAUCCUCAUCUUCCCCAUCUUUGUUCAGCCUCUGGACCUGUGUAACCCCACACGGACUCUGGUGGUCUCUGAGGAGAUGAUCCUCCACGAGAGCAAGCACCUCUCCAUUAAGGUGACAGUGUUCAUCUAUACAGACCUGAUGCUUGUGACCAGAGAGGAUGAACCAGGGAGAUGUAACGUCCUUCAGAACCCUCUAUUCCUCAGACAACUACGGCUACAGGACGAUCGUGCUGAAGAGCUGAAGUUCUAUCUCAUCCACAUGACUGAGAAGUGUGACUGCUUGCUCAGUCUGGAAGCUUACUCUGCUGACCAGAAGCGACGUGUGUGUCAGUGUCUGAAGGACAACAUUGAAAAGCAGCUCCAGCUCCAGAGGAGUGUGCCGUUCGCACCUCCUGCUGACCAGAUGCUUGAGCCCAAAGUGGACACCCCUCCAUGUGAGCUGGGAGUAGGCCUACCCCUGCCACGGGGCUCCGAAGAGGACCUCCUUUACCCCUACCCUUCUAGCCCCUCAGUGCCCCUGACUCUGGGCAGCCCACAACCCUCUGAGCCCCUCACGCCCUUGGAGGAGGUCUAUACCCCGCUGGGUGACGAAGAGGAGCACAAGGUGCCCCCCACCCCGCCCCCCUCCACCGAGGGAGAAGACUGCAAGAGCAUGGAGGGCACCGAGCCCGAGAUCUGGAGGGAUAGAGAGGAGGAGGAGGAGGAGGAGAGGAAGGGUGAGGAGGAAGGAGAGAUAGAGGAGGGUGGGGAAAGAGAGAUGGAGGAGCGAGGAGAGGCGAUUCCUUCAGCGACGGAUGACGAGGCCCCGUCAGACCCCCCCGACACCAACGCCCCCCCCUCCUCCUCUUCCUCCUCCUUCAUCAUUCCCGAACUCCGCCUAGACCGUUCCUUCAGCGCCGAUGCUCUCUCCUCGCCCAACACCGACGAAGAGUACGACGAGGAUGAUGAAGACGAUGAAGAAGAAGAAGAUGAUGAUGAUGAUGAAGAAGAUGACAGCGAUGAUGCCUACCCAGAGCGCCGCGACAGUAAGCGCCGUAGUAUGGUGGAGGGCUCUGCCUGCGAGAAGCAUGGCGGCCGGCUGAGCGUCCAGAACUCACUGUGGCGCCGCACGCAUAGCGAGGGCAGUCUGCUGCAGGACCCACACUCUACCUGCUUCACCUCAGACAACACCAUCAACUGCCUGGACGCGAGCCACGGGCACAAGGGAGGCUGGUCGCUGCCCUCGCCCAAGACCCUGAAGAAGGAGCUGACCAAGAACGGAGGCUCCAUGCACCAGCUCUGCAUGCUUUUCUCUGGCAGGAAGUGGGUGUUGAGUGACAUCUGA